AUGGCUCUAGGAAUGUACUUGCUUCAAUUGGUGAUUUGUCUGGCUGCACAAGCAGCUACGAAGUUGGCCAUCACUGACGUCCACACCCCAAAAGUCGCAGACACGAAAAUUGAACUGAAGACUCGCGGAUGGUGCAUUAUCUGGCCGGAUAUGCGCGUACCUGUCGGCACGACGUGGAAAGAGCGCUGCCGGAAGUGCGAAUGUGUUGGAAAUAUGCAUACAGUGUGCGAAGGAGGGCCGAAAUGUAAAAACCCCUACAAACCGUACCAUGAUUACUUCUGCGGGAAAUGGAGUGACGACGGCUGCUGCUGUGAGGACAUCGGCUGCCAGAAAUACGGCAAGACGAUUCCGUUUGGUGACGUGUACAACGACCCGCCCAGCGAUCCUUGCUCCAAGUGCCAGUGUCUGGGCUUCAGACAGCCACUGUGCCGCAAAGAAUUCUGCGUCAACGUCGUGUGUGUGGACGGGGUGAAGCCGCCCGGAGAGUGUUGUCCCAGGUGUUACAGAGGUAAACCUGCUUACUAA